CAACAAACAAAUCAGUCAUGUAAGAUCUCGCUGAAGCAUAUGAUAACACGACGCCUUGCUGUUUUUGAAGAUGCUAUCGGAUUUGCAGCACAGAGAUGCCAAAGUGCUAAAAAUGACGACAUGUUGUAAGCUCUGUCUCAUACAUGUGAGAUACCAUCGAGCACUAAUUCUGUUCACCUUGCUAUUAAUCGCAUUGAGAGAUGGCGCUCUUGCGCUAGAAACACAAGAUUCGACAGAAGUACCCCUAGGUUAUACGAGUCUCGACAUGGCAGAUCUCUUCAUGACCUGUACCUCAAAACUUCCUCCCUUGCAUCUAGCACACAUUUAGGACGCGGAACUUCGUGUCAUCGGACUGCAAUUUCUCGGCGGAAAGUAAAUUUGAGGACCUGACCUUCAUAAUGGCGUUCUAUUCAUAUAACUAUUUGACCCUGAGGGAAGGAUAUCAUCUCGUUCAGCCAGUCUUACAAUUGAAUGUCAUUGCCUGCCUGUUGGUUUUUUUGCAUCUAAUGUCCAAGUCUAUAAGGGUGCGACAGUAAACUUGAAUCUGAGACCAUCCAUUCACCGAGCAAAUAGGUUGUGAUGCUGUUCGAGGAUCGGGUCGUGAUGAUGUAUGCACC